UGUUUUGUACCAUUCAGGCCACCGUACUUGUGUCCGGGUAGCAGCAGUUGUCAUGGCCGCCUAGCAGAGUGUUUACCAGAAGCUUCUGAAAUAAGUGUGAUGUAAUUACAAGCGGACAUGGCGGCGGUCUUCCUUGUCACUCUGUUUGAGUACUCUCCGCUCUUUUACAUCUCUGUGGUCUCUUUAUGUUUCAUUGUUACCGCCGCUAUGGUGCUCGGCUGGUAAGUCUCAUUCAGCCAGGUUAGCUGGAGUUAGCUUAGCCACAGCUAAAACACUCCAUCCUCAGUUUACACGAAUGUACAAUGAUAAGCACCAUCACAAAGUAUCGAAGGUAUAUUUCUUCUUAUGAUGGCUGUUCUCAUAUACGCUUACUGAUUGAUUCACUUGUUUACAGUACCUGCUUAAAAUGUACAGAAGUUCAAAAAAGUAAACAAACCUAUGAUAAAAACAACAGAGAAAGAAGACAGACCCAGAGCAGAAAUUCAAGUAACAAGUUACACAAAUAUAUUCUAGAUUAGACUUUACCUGUACAUAAAAAUAUGUGUCUAUAUUCUGUUUAAAUAUUAAGACUGCCUUCAUAGAUCUCUGUUAUUGAAAUGCAGUACACAAAUGUGUUUAAAGAGGAGCAACGUGGAUGAAAAACAUUACAGCUGUCUUCUUGCUGCCUCCUACAGGUUUGGUGUCGAUGUCCCGGUGAUUCUCCGCAGCUCCGAUGACACAGAGUCCAUCCUGCCAACCCCAGAGAAACAGAUGGUAAAGGUGACCAACCCCUUCAGCCUACAGGUGGGCUGUGGGCCAGCCUCUGUCACGAGUAAGUGUGGCGAGAGUCAGAAGUCAAAGUCAGAGUCAAAGUAGCUGGCCCUGAUAUCAGAUGAAUACAGUUGAAGGGAUAUUCCGGCAUAAAAUUAAUUUAGGGUCAAACACACCAAAAAAUAUAUUUUCUUCAAUAAAAUAUGUUAAAGGUUAAUAUCUGGCAUUUAUGAAUCAAUCUGAAUAUUUCACAGCGCUGUUCCUUACUGAUUCUCCUCUCCAACAUCAGUAUAAUGUAAAUAUACAGUCAGAUCUGCUCUGUGCUACCCACUGUGUGUCCUAUUGAUCAUGAACAUCCUGUAAAUAUGUUCUUACCUGUGGUGUCCCAGACUGUAUUGACAGAGUAUGCCUCUCCCUCUCAGGUGGAGUGCACCUAAAGCCGUGCUGUCUUGAGCCCUGUACGCUCACCUGUUUCUGGGGCUGUGAGGUUAGGGCCCUGCAGGAGGCACUGCAAGCCCACCAACAUGGACAGAAGAUCAGCACCCCUCAACAGAUCAAAGAGGCUCUGCAGUUUCGUUACCUGCACUGUGAGAGCUUCGAGUAUCCUUUAUACCAAAUAUGCACGUGCUGACACACAAAGACCACUCCAGUGUAAGCACUAAUCAGCACUAUGAUGUAAGUGAUGUAAGUACCUCUAAAAACUCUACAGAAGAGAAAUAUAUCCUGUUUUAUUGAAGUAUGACAGUUCUUUGACAGAGGAACAGAGCCACACUGACAAAAAAUGACUGUCUGUUCAAACAUUUAAUUAAAAUAAUGAAACAACACUGAAAUAAUUAAUCUAAUUAAACUUCUUCAUGAUGACUGGAGUCUGUGUGAGCUCCUACUGUUGGCAUCUUUGACUCACCAUCCUCCUCAGCAUCAGCGGUGAAGACAGGACAGAGCUGCACACGCAGAUCCCAGCAGACCUUGAGGUCGCCGACUUUGGUCCUUUACCGAGAGAAUGCUACCCUCUGGUGGCCGUGUUGACACUCACAGAGCAGGAAGCAAGAGAGACGUACAGCAUUGUGAGUUUAUAUCUCACCUCACCUUAUUUACACCUACUGUUUAAUUCUGAGCAAAAUGUUUCACACACGUCAUCAACUAUCGUGAUCAGCUAAAACUGUCUAACAAAAAAAAAAACAGCUCCUCCUUGAAACUCUGUUUUAACCACACACAAGAGCAAAGAGAGGAGGGAAUGAAGAGGUAUAAAUGUAAAUAAAGCCUUUCUGCUGUGUUUCUCCUCUUUCAGGUGGUCAGUGUGAGCGUUCUCCAUGUCCCUGAUGAUAAAUACAGCCUCUCCGCUCGGGUUCUGUUUCAGUACCUCCUUACCGCACAAGGGAACAUGUACGAGUUACAGGUAUGUCCCGUUUCUGUUGUUAUCUCAUGGCACCUGCCGUCAACUUUAAAAAUGGGGGUCAGCAAGUUCCACUAUCGAAGUUCCCUUCGGGGAUGAAUGAAGUUCUUCUCAUCUUAUCUUGUUAAAGGUCAAGGGAUAUUCCGGCGUAAAAUUAAUUUUGGGUCAAACACAGAGUAACACCGAGUUAGACACCUCUUUGAGAGAUGAAUGUUGCCGACCGCUCGCUUCGUCUAAAAAACUUAGGUCUGUUAGACCUCUUUUAGACCAGAAAAUGCUCAGUGGGUAAGCUGCAAUAAAACAAGUUUAAAAAGGUUGUCAACAAUAAAAUUGUGACCAAAGCCCGACUAGCUUGUGACACGUGAUGUCACCAUUGUGGCAUCACAUUGUUUAUGAAGUGUACACAAACAGUAAAAAACAGCAAACUGGUGCAUAGUGUUAUGGUAUAUGAUGAGGUCUGUGUUCCAUUUGGUGCUCUGACUGUAUCCGUCUCCAUGUCCUGCAGCCUCUUUUCAUGUCAGCUGACAGCGGGGGAGCGUCCAACACUUCAGAGCAGAGUCCUCCACCCACUGAACCGAGCGAAUCAAGCAAACCAGAGCAGAAUCCAGUGCAGGAAGAGAAUGAGGAGAAAAAGGAGGAAGAUGAAGAGGAGGAUGAAGAGGAGGAGGAGUGGGCUGGAGGAAGCGGCAGAGACUGUGUGGUGUGUCAGAAUGCAGCCGUGAACCGUGUGCUGCUUCCCUGCAGACACGCCUGCGUGUGUGACGGCUGCGUGUCACGCUUCCAGCACUGCCCCAUCUGCAGGGCUUUCAUCCUCGAGUCCUUCACCCUGACACCUGGAUCGAUGUCACCCUGACACCUGGACCAACCUUCAUGACACCUUUUCGCCGUGACACAGUAACACCUUCACCCUAACACCUGGAUGACCUGCAGGACGCCGACUUCAUACCAAACUAGAACCCUAGCCUAACUCUGUACUGAUUAUACACACUGUCUGACUGUUUUAGCCGGCAGAACAGAAGAGACAACAUUUUUUAAAAUGUUUUGCACUGAGAAGAAAUGAAACAAUGAAUGUGCUGCCAGACACCACAUUGUUAAAAGUUAGUCACGAUCAAAUAUUUUUAAGAUUAUUUUCAUUCUAUAAGGAGAGCUCUGUAGCUAUCUCACCACAUUUUAUAGUUUAUUUUUACUCCUUUGUUUUCACCUCAGAAGUAUCUGAUCUCUAUGAUCAGUGAGACGAACAGUGAAGUCAGAUUUUAAACCAAAUGUGACAGUUCAGCAUGAAGUCUGUUGGUUUAAAUUCGUCUCCCUCAGUAAAACUCUGCGAAUGUCUCAGAAAAAUCAGCUGAGCGGUCACAUGACUGAGCUGAUCAUCAAAACAGAAGAGUUGUCUUCAUGUGUGUAAUGAAACUGCAAGUAUUUUAUGAUGUCUUCAUGUACAGAUAAUUUAUUUUUACUUUAUUCUGGAAAUAACUGUAUGCUCCUAAAAAAAUAGUUGUCUUAAAGGACCAGAGCAGUAUUUAUUAUCCACAGGCAGCCUGUAAAGCUUUAACAUGUAUCUGUAUGAACAGCUGUCUAACAUGGAUUGUAAUGAAGAAUUAAAAUACUGAUAUAGUUUGGCAAA